CAAAUGGGGAGAGCACAAAAUCCUGGGCCAUGUUGUGUUUGCCCUCCCAAUUUAUUGAUGAAUCAAGAAACAAUUCGUUAUCGGAAAGUUACUUCCCUUGCUAUGAAAAAGCUUGUGGAGAAUGGAUUUAAACUUGCUGAAAAAUGGAAAGAGGAAAAACAUAUGAAAAUCAGCACCACCAAACGAACUAAGCGAACUGUUUAUCAAUCCCAUAGUAUUGGCAAUCAUAACACAAGUUCUACAACUAUAACAUUAGACAAUCACAUGCUUGUUCCUAAGGGUGAAUAUAAGAAAUUA